CUUACAGACCGAGAGGCAGGAGAGAGUAAGCGAUGUCUUUCCAAACCUCAUUACUGACGCUUAAGUCAUCGCUGCGGCUUCCCCUCUGUUCAUCUACUGGUCGAAGUUUCAUCAGAUAUGCCUCACUCAAUUCCGCCAUCGGUCGAGGAAUUCGCAGAUCUCAACGGCUAGACAGCCCCCGGACUUCGACCAACGACAGUCGUGAUCGUCCACGAUUUGGAAAGAAAUCAUAUGCCCUAUCCGAUUCAGAAAGUGGUCGCAGCCCUCGAAGACAUCGGGACGUGAGGGAUUCACGAAGUGGGCUCGACAAUAACCGUAAUCAACCUGCGGCUGAAAGGACGCAACCCGUCUCGCUUCGUUCUCGUGUCGAUCGCCGGACACGCAGGCCUCAAAGAACAGGAGAGACCGAGACUCCCUGGAACGAUAGUGGUGAUCACCUUAAAACCGAAAGAAGACCAUUCACACCACGGGAACCCACGACAGGAAAAGGGUAUCGAAGCAGAGCCCCGGAGGUCGAGUUCGACGAGGAUGAGUUCAUUCGGACAGGCAACUUUCGCGCCUUACCCCGCGAGCACCAGCGAUUUACAAGUAUAACACGGUCCUUAAACUCGCGCGAUGAUUUGGCUACGGAUAAGGGCCGCUAUUCACCAAGACGCUCUUCGCCGACUUAUGAUUCUGUGUCCAACUCUCAGCGUCAGGGUCGCCCAGGACGCGCUGAGGCGGCAGCGCUUCACAAGUCCACUGAUCAAAAGCCCGAACGAGUCAGAGAACAUGUCAAGAUUCCAGACACGAUACCCUACACUACCCCGGCGUCAGAGUUCAUUUACGGAACAGCAGCUGUCGAGGCCGCCCUGCGCUGUAACCGGCGACAACUAUACAAGCUCUAUAUGUACCAGACUGCUGACGAGGAACUGAGUCCUGCCAAGGUGACACUCCGCAAACUCGCUCUUUCGAAGAAUGUCAAGGUCAAGAUGGCCUUCGCUGAGUGGGACCGCAUACUCGACAAGAUGAGCGCAGGUAGGCCUCACAACGGCUGUGUCCUCGAAGCCUCACCCCUUCCACGAAGUCCAAUCCAAGCUCUCAAGGCAGUCAAUUCCGAAGACGACACUUUUCAACUGGAACUUGCACCACAGACUCGAGAAGAAGCCUUGGUCAAUGGCACGAACGACCGCAUUACCAUCAACCAUUCUCUUGUACAACAACAACGAAGGCACCCAGUCAUCCUCAUGCUCGAUGGGAUUGUUGAUCCUGGCAACCUCGGAGCAAUCAUUCGUUCCGCAUACUACUUGGGAGUUGACGCUGUUGUAUUCGCUGGACGAAACUCGGCACCUCUGUCUCCUGUAACGAUAAAAUCCUCCGCCGGCGCAGCCGAGAACAUGACUCUACUCGACGUCAAGAAUGAGGUCGACUUUAUUCAGCGGUCUAAGGCAAACGGAUGGCGGUUCUACGCCGCCGACGCCCCUAAUGCAGGGUCAUCCUUUAUAGAUCAGCCAUCAAAUGACCAUAAUGAGUUGAUUGGUCAUUCUCCCUGUGUGAUCAUGAUGGGCAACGAAGGCUCGGGGCUAAGUAAUCAUAUCCGAUCGCAGGCGGACUCUAUCGUCAGCAUCCCUGGAUCCAGACUCAUUCCAGGGGUAGGGGUCACAUCAGAUCCGGCGCGAGUUGAUAGUCUCAAUGUGAGUGUUGCUUCGGCGCUGCUGAUGGAGAAGUUUCUUCGUCUGCCGCUUGGAGUGAGUGCUGUGCCGCGGAAAGAGAGAUCUCACCGAUAAGCGACAGCAGCUUUUCCUGAGUAUGUGUGGCCAUGUAUGAUUAUUGAUAUUCGAGAGCGUGUACUUGUUGUAUCUAUAUUUUUUUCAAUCUCUGCUGUUCAUAGACCUUGCCAUUUUUAAUGGGCCACUGACUUUCGUACGUGGACUCCCGAUGCAUAAAGUAUUUUCGUUAUCUUGUCCAACGUAAGCUUGAUAGUACAUUAGUACAGGCUGGAUUGAUUAUAGAAAAAGAUGCAUAUGACACCGCAUUUCCUUGAGAAGCGAACAUCUUAAGUCAAACACUCGGCCGGAGGCUCCAAGGUCGGGCAUCUCCGUCAAACAUUCGGGGAUAUUUCGAGAAGAAAC